AGAAGGCUGGUCUUCGAGACGGAAAAGAGUUCUUGACGGGAGGAGGCGAGAGAAAGGCGAAGUGAAGAUGGCGAGAGGCUCCCGGUGUUUGAGAAGAGCGGUAGUGGAGUGUAUCAGAAACCUGCCAUCCACAGCCAGUCGAGAAACACCUGGCAGGAAUGGAGUGAGAUAUCUGUCUUCAUGUGGGAUUCUGAUGACCCGGGUGCCUCCCCUCUUCAGGGCUGUGUCGGGUCGUGCUGUAGUGGCUCCAACAAGGAGCUUCUUCAACUUCUCGGAGACCUUUAACAAGAGAAAGGAGUACUCUGAAAGACGUAUCAUUGGGUACUCAAUGCAAGAAAUGUAUGAGGUUGUGGCCAAAGUAGAAGACUACCUGCUGUUUGUGCCCUGGUGCAAACGCUCAGAAGUUGUAUUCAGCCGCUCUGGAUUUUGCAAGGCCAAGCUGACUGUGGGCUUCCCUCCUGUGGUAGAAAACUACACUUCGCUCAUUACUACAGUUCGCCCGCAUUUAGUCAAGGCAUCUUGCUCUGAUGGAAAACUUUUCAGUCACUUGGAGACGGUGUGGCGCUUCAGCCCUGGUCUUCCUGGCUACCCCCGUACAUGCACCCUUGACUUUGCUAUUUCCUUUGAGUUCCGCUCGCUCCUGCAUUCUCAGUUGGCCACAGUUUUCUUUGACGAGGUCGUGAAGCAGAUGGUGUCUGCCUUUGAGCGGCGAGCGUCCAAGCUAUACGGCCCGGAGACCCAGAUCCCACGUGAACUGAUGUUCCACGAGGUCCACCACACGUAGUUCAUUCCACAGCUUCAGACGGAUGGGGAGGGGAUUGUUGUUUCAGGGAACUGGGGUUUUUAUUGAAAGCGUACAUUUAAGAGUAUUACAAAGAUAGCUGAGAGAGCGGGAGCUCUGUGUGCCUGUAUAUCGUCAGUGCCUGGUCCAAAAAACCAAACCAAACAGUUUAAAAAAAAAAAAAAUUAUGCAAAAAAAAAAAAACCUAACCAAAUGUGGCUGGAUAUUUUCAUCGAUAGCCAGAUUGUGCCCACUGAGCCCUGUUCCACUACCUCUGUUAACUUUUUAAAACCUAUCAGGAUGGCACCAUGAGCCGUACAUUUUAAUAAGAGGACCUUGAGAUGGUUUUUAAAACCGCUGCCAAAAACCAUAAUGGCUUCAUGAAUGGCACAAAAGACAAAAGGUCAUGGGUUUCUUCGAGAGGAUGUUAUUUUGAGAUAUUUUAUGGAAAGAUUGUUAUGUUACAGUUUAUACGACAGGUGAGUGAUGUAUUUAUUAGAAAGCUUUUAAGUGAUCCUUUAAGAUUUCAAGAAAGGGAUGAGGAGACUCAACUUGAGUGUGCAUUCGGCUGCAGCAACAGUCAGUCUUCUGCACGCAACGCACACAAAGUGCUAUCAGGGUAUCAAGGCUACACACUGGACUCCGGUCUGUUGUAUUCUUGCAUACCAGCACCAAAAAGGGCAUGAAAAAUAAACUCUAAGAGGCUCCCUUUCACCACACUGUCUUGUGUUAAACCAUUUUGCACAGUUUAGUACUGGCAGUGGUGCUCCAGUUCACUCCUCCGAUGAUGUAAAGAUUAAAGAGGUGUGCAAUAUGUUUGUAUGAUGUUUUUACCAGACUGCUCACCCAUCUAUGAUAUCCACUGCUUCUAAAAGGGCCCAAACUCUGGGAAACGGAGCUGAACGUAGCUAACCUUUCCCAGAGCUCUCAUCAGAUUGUAGUGAGGUAUCCUUUAAAGAUUCCAGUUCAUACCCUGCUCGUUUCCACAUGCUUACUGCCUUACAGAGAAGGUUUCAUGUUAUUUAUCAUUAUCUCAAAAACAUGUAUACGAGUAUCUUGUAUUUAUUUCGGUUAUGGGUUAAGCACGUGUACAUAUCUAGUGUAAGGCCACAGACUAAACUUUAGUGUACAAUUGAGCUAUAAAAAACAAACAAAUUGAUAACCUUUUUCUUUCUUUUUUGGGAUCUCUUCUUUUUGAUUGUUUUAAUUGAGGUGUUUUAAUGAGCGUGUUGUGGGUGAAUAUAUAUCCUGCCUGCAUGGUUUAUAAACUAUUUUUAUAUGUAAAA